UGUCAUUCCGCCAUCUUGGAAAAAAUAAUAUAUAGAAGAGAAGUCAUUUGAACGCUGUACACAUUUUUUUUGCAUUGAUUCUCUUAUUUUGUGAUUUUGAGUAUUUACGUUUUAAAUCGUAAAAAUGGGUGCCGAAGAUCGUGAGCGUGGUGAAAGAGGUGGUGUUGGAGAGCGUGGAAAUACUCGUCGAAAUAGAUCCCGGGAUCGUUCACACAGCAGAGGAAGACGUUCAAGAUCGCCCGAUAGCCAUAGAGGUGGUAGACGUCGCAGUCGUUCCCGUUCACCACGUAAACCACAUCGUUCACGUCGACGAAAGUGCAGUUUGUACUGGGAUGUCCCACCACCAGGUUUUGAGCAUAUUACACCGCUUCAAUACAAGGCAAUGCAGGCAGCCGGACAAAUUCCUGCAAAUAUCGUUGCCGAUACACCGCAAGCAGCUGUGCCCGUCGUUGGCAGUACAAUAACACGGCAAGCACGACGAUUGUACGUCGGUAACAUACCAUUUGGUGUGACCGAAGAUGAGAUGAUGGCCUAUUUCAAUGAUCAGAUGCAUCUUUCUGGUCUCGCACAAGCCGCCGGCAAUCCAGUAUUGGCUUGUCAAAUAAAUCUCGAUAAAAAUUUUGCAUUUUUGGAAUUUCGUUCAAUUGAUGAGACCACACAGGCCAUGGCAUUCGAUGGUAUAAAUUUCAAGGGGCAAAGUCUUAAAAUUCGUCGUCCGCACGAUUAUCAGCCAAUGCCUGGCAUGGAAGGGGGUUCGGUAAAUGCAAGCAACAAUCAUCAAGUUGGACCGGUUAGCGGUGUCAUUAGUACAGUUGUUCCGGACUCACCUCACAAAAUAUUUAUUGGCGGUUUGCCAAACUACUUGAACGAAGAUCAGGUGAAGGAAUUGCUGUUAUCAUUCGGACAAUUGCGUGCAUUUAAUUUGGUCAAGGAUGCAGCGACCGGUUUAAGUAAGGGCUAUGCGUUCGCCGAAUAUGUUGAUUUUAACAUAACCGAUCAGGCAAUCGCUGGACUGAAUGGAAUGCAAUUGGGUGACAAAAAGUUGAUUGUUCAACGGGCCAGUGUCGGUGCAAAGAAUUCGAAUUCAUCAAAUGUACAAACAGCGCCGGUUCAAAUCCAAGUGCCAGGCUUAUCGCUUGUUGGCACCUCGGGUCCAGCCACAGAAGUGCUAUGCUUAUUGAACAUGGUAACACCCGACGAACUACGCGAUGAAGAUGAAUACGAGGAUAUUUUGGAGGAUAUCAGAGAAGAAUGCAACAAAUAUGGGGUUGUGCGUAGUAUUGAAAUACCAAGACCCAUUGAAGGAGUUGAAGUACCCGGUUGUGGAAAGGUAUAUGUCGAGUUUAAUUCUGUUAUAGAUUGCCAAAAGGCGCAACAAGCAUUAACUGGACGAAAAUUCAGUGAUCGUGUUGUUGUCACAUCAUACUUUGAUCCUGAUAAAUACCAUCGUCGUGAAUUUUAAUAUCCAAACUAACAACUAAAACACAUUCAUUUUAACAAUAUACUGAGUUAAGGAUGACACUAAUUACAUGAAAAUAGGGUUACGAACGAAAUAAAAUCAGUUAUAAUUGUAUGCAUCAACAGCAGUCACGAGUAAAUUGAAUAAAGAACUUUUUUUGUGUGACAGUCCAAA